AUGGCGAUGGCGAUGGCGGCACAAGCAGAAUGGAUGGUGAGGGCGUUGAGGAGUGGUCACCGUCGCUUGUCGGUGGGAAGGCAGUGGGAGGAGAAAUGGCUUACGCUGCCUGCCGUGAGUGCGAGUGGCACUCUGGAGGUGAAGGGAAAGGGAAAGGGAAACCAACUCUCCUCCACUCCCACCACUGCCCUCAAAUGGAUUGUUCGCUGCUGCCCAAACAUCCCCAAACCCCUUCUCCACAAGCUUUUCCGUCUACGACAGGUUCGAGUUCUCUCUUCUCCUCCUCCUCCUGCUCCUCACAUGGACACGCAACAUCAAAAAGUCAAAAGGGUCGCAGCUAAGGACACCUUGAACACUGGAGAUCGGAUUUUACUUCCUCAAUCUGUUCAACAAAAUCAAACGCCUACGCACAAACCUCACUCUCCUCUCACUCCCCAGCAAAUCAACUUUAUCCGUACUCUUGUUUUAUACAAGGAUCCUGCCAUUCUCGUCCUCAACAAACCUCCAGGAAUGCCAGUGCAGGGUGGCAUUAAUGUCAAACACAGUUUGGAUGCUGUAGCUGCUUCGUGUUUAAAAUAUGAAUAUUCUGAGCCCCCUCGUCUGGUGCAUAGACUAGACAGAGACUGUUCUGGCAUUCUGGUGAUGGGAAGAACACAGACAAGUACUACAGUCCUGCAUUCCAUCUUCCGGGAGAAAACAUCCGGAGCAUUAGAUGAUAUAGGCAAAGAGAAGAGAAUACUACAAAGAAGGUACUGGGCACUUGUCCUUGGAUGUCCUAGGCGUCUGAAGGGGUUGGUCACUGCUUCACUGGGUAAGGUGGUAGUUGACAAUGGCAGAUCUGAUCGAAUAACUGUCUUUGACAAUUCUACAUCAUUAUCUUCACAGCAUGCAAUUACAGAGUACCGAGUGAUUGCAUCAUCAUCACAAGCACAAGUAAUCGCACCAGCUGGAGGGGGUCUCUGA